AUGGCCCUGACUAUUGUCUUCAUCACCGGUGCCAAUCGUGGCUUGGGCCUAGGGCUUGUCAAAGGGUUCAUUACUAAACCGGACCAUAUUGUUAUAGCUGCCGUCCGUGACCCAACGCAUUCGACCGCCCAGGUACCUGUCAGGCUGCCCGGAGGCGAGGGUAGUCUUGUUAUAGUAGUCAAGUAUGAAGCGUGUAUUAAACAGUCUGCUUUUGAUGCGGUCAAAGAAGCAACCAAUCAGGACAUCAGUCAUCUCGACAUUGUCUUCGCUAAUGCCGGCAUUGCCAAAUUGUAUCCACUCGUCAAGGACAUCCAGCGGGCUGAUAUAGUGAAGCAUAUUGAUGUCAACGUUAUAAGUGUCGUGUCCUUGUACCAAGCUACACGCGAUCUGCUGCAGAAGUCGACCAGAAAGCCCAUCUAUGCCAUUAUGGGAUCUGGAGCUGCUGGUCUCGCACGCCAACCUCCUGUCCCAAGUGCGGCGUAUGGUGCAUCCAAGUCUAUCGUCAACUGGUAUGGUGUUCGGAUCAACGCCGAAGACGAGUGGCUCAAUGCGUUUGUGUUGGAUCCCGGCUGGGUGCAGACCGACAUGGGCAAUGAAGCUGUGCGGAGUUGGGGCAUGGAGGAGGCCCCCGACACUCUUGAGAAGUCCAUUGCCGGGAUGAUUGGGGUUCUGAGCACAGACACCAAGGAGCAGCAUGGUGGUAAGUUCGUGCUAUACUCAGGCGAGGUUCAGGAAUGGUGA